AUGGCAAAUCAAACAAUAUUUAAUCAUGAAAACGAAGAAAAUUCUCGUGUUCAAGUGUUAUUUUCCGGUGCUGAUGAAGAAGAUCAUUCAAUAUCAUUAACAUCUAAAUGUUCAACUGAUGAUGAACCGAUGGAAAAUCUAAACGAAGUUGAAAACUUUGAUGAUAAAAAACUUAAUUUAUUAUAUGAUAAUUGGUUAGCACUUGAUGCAGAAUUACGUACAUUUGAAGCAAAACAUAAAGACUAUGUUAGAAAAUUAGAUGAAGUAGAAUUACUGAAAACAAAAUAUAAAGAUCAAUUUGAUAAAUACAAGAAACGAAUUACUCAAUUACAAAAAGAUGUUGCUCGAUUACAAAAAUCACAUACGAAAAAAGUUAGAUCAUUAUCUCAUCAAUCUGAACUAUCAUCUGCUAAUUCAUCCCCAACAUUAGAUAGCUUAGAUGAUACAUUAUCAUAUGCUGAACGUUUGAAUCUCGUAUCUGAUCGAUUGGAUAAAAAUACGUUAUAUCUAUCAAGAAUCUCUAAUACAUUACCACGUAAAGAUUCAUAUUUAAAAAUAAUUCUUGGCGGUGUUGAUGUAUCAAUAUUAAAUAAUGCUGAAAAAUGGAUAUACAAAGAAGAAUAUGAAAAAUUUAAAUUUAUUAUUACUUGUAUCUCAUUAGUAUCUUCACUUGGUAUUUGGUCAUUAACAUCACGUUAUCGUACAUUUGAUGCUUUAUUUCAUUUUUUACUUGUUUGGUAUUAUUGUACAUUGACAAUACGUGAAUCAAUUUUAGUUGUCAAUGGAUCACAUAUUCAUCCUUGGUGGAGAACUCAUCAUUUUAUAACAACAGUAGCUACAGGUAUUUUAUUAACAUGGCCUGAAUCUGCUUCCUAUCAUGCGUUUCGUUCACAAUUUUUUAUCUUUUCAUUUUAUCUUAGUUGUGUUCAAGUUCUUCAAUUUUAUUAUCAACGUGGUUGUCUCUAUCGACUUCGAGCUUUAGGUGAAACUCAUGAUAUGGAUAUAACUAUUGAAGGAUUCCAUCGUUGGAUGUUUCGUGGCUUAUCAUUCUUGGUUCCAUUUCUUCUUCUUGGUUAUUUAUUUGAAUUAUAUAAUGGAUAUACAUUAUGGCAAUUAGCACAUGUACCGAGUACUCAUGAAUGGCAAGUAUUUGUAUUAUCAAUAAUAUUUUUUAUAUUAUUUUUGGGGAAUGUUUUAACAACAUUAAGUGUUUUACGUGAAAAAUUUCGUGAAAAAGCUCGACCAAUAUUAUUAAAACAAAAAUAUCAAAGUUUUAAAACAUUCCUAUCAACAAAUUAUCAUCGAUCAAGAUCAUUUAAUCAACUAUUUUCUCCAAAAGCAAAAAUUCACCAACGAUGA